CGCGAUAAGGGAAGAAAAGAGAGGAGAAAUUGCUUGACUCUACCACGUAAUUGACGAUAGUAUUAUCUGGAGUGUGCACUUGUGCUAAUUUGUGUGCGAUUGGCCAAACAAACGGAAAGUUUGGCGACAGAAGAGGUGGAUUUGGGGGCGAUAACGACGGCAGGGCUCCCUGGUUAUCUAUGGGAUCAUGGGCGAUUCGCCUGAGGAGAGUCCACAGUACAGCAUCAACGCUGACCCGUACCCGGAAAUAAGUGACGAUGACUCUCCGCUCAUCUAUGGGGCCCCGCAGCCUACAGCUGAUGGCCGCUUCCCUAAAGCGCGCCACCUUCUCGGGCUUAUGGGAUUCCUGGGCUUCGCCAACGUCUACGCCAUGCGCGUGAAUCUGUCAGUGGCAAUCGUGGCGAUGGUGAAUCACACAGCGAUCCCUGACCAGGACAACAGCACAUUGGAUGACGUGUGUCCAGCCCGAGGGAACAGCACAGAUGACGGACCAGUGCUGAACGGUGAAUUUGACUGGGAUGAGUCGACACAGGGCAUCGUCCUGGGGGCCUUCUUCUACGGCUACGUUCUCACGCAGAUUCCAGGUGGCAGAAUGGCAGAAACUGUUGGCGGAAAGAUGAUCUACGGCGUGGGAGUUCUCAUCACGGCCAUCUUCACAUUCCUCACGCCCAUCGCGGCGUACUGGAGCUUGCCGGCGCUCGUGAUUGUGCGCGUGAUAGAGGGCAUGGGCGAGGGUGUCACUUAUCCGGCCAUGCAUGCGAUGCUGGCCAAGUGGAUUCCGCCUCUGGAGCGCAGCAAAUUCGCCGCUGUUGUCUAUGCGGGAUCCAACUUCGGCACGAUUAUCUCUCUGCCACUGUCGGGGUGGCUCUGCUCACUUGACUUCCUGGACGGCUGGCCGCUGGCCUUCUACCUCUUCGGUGCCUUGGGCGUUAUCUGGUUCAUCUUUUGGAUGUACCUCGUCUACAAUUCUCCUGCGCAGCAUCCGCGCAUCGAACCAGAAGAGCGACAAUACAUUCAGCGAUCACUGGCACGCCGAGAUGACGAGCUUUUGGACAGCGCCGGUGACAACUCGGUGCCCUGGCGUCACAUCUUCACGUGCCUGCCCAUGUGGGCGAUCCUGGUGACCCAGUGCGGUCAGGCGUGGGCGUUCUACACGCUGCUCACCGAACUUCCCACCUACAUGGACAAUAUCCUGCACUUCGGUAUCAAUGCCAACGCGACGCUCUCCUCGCUGCAGUACCUCACGGCGUGGAUCUUCGGUAUUCUGUCCUCCACCGUGGCGGACUGGAUUCUGGCCAAAGGGUGGCUGAGUCAGAAGAACUCCUACAAGUUCUGGAACUCCGUGGCCUCAAUUGUGCCGUCAAUAGGACUCGUGGGCGUCGCCUGGGUUGGGUGCGACUGGAAGCUGGCCAUGCUGAUGUUGGCGGGCUUCGGAGCAUUUCAGGGAGCCGUUUAUCCGGGCAAUCAGAUGAACCACAUCGCCUUGAGUCCCAGAUACGCCGGAACAAUGCUGGGAAUCACGAACGGAGCUGGGAACAUGUGUGGCUUCCUGGCGCCUUACAUCAUCGGCUCAAUUAUUCGGGGCCACGAGACGCUCUCGACAUGGCGGAGUAUCUUUUACUUGGCGGCAGUGAUCAACGUGGCGGGUAACUUUUUCUACCUACUCUUUGCCUCCGCCGAGGAGCAGCCCUGGUCGAAGCAGAGGCCGCAGGUGCGCUAAGAGGCGCUGCGGCGGCCAAUGCCUUCCGUUUAUUGUGAUAUCUCUUCCUUUUUACGCGCAUAAUCAGCGAGGGGAUUCGCGAUGAAUCUGAAUUUAUUCUAUAUCGAUUGUGAUUCGUGACCAAAUGUGCUUUUGAUUCCUACUUAUUUCGAGUGCAUUUUAUAUCCCGAUCAGUAUAUCUCCGCACAGAGUUUCACCACCCCGUCAAAGAGUAUGAUAAUGUAUAACUUAAUUUUUCGACAUGACGAUGGCAAUUAGACUCUCCCUUAAGAUUCAAUUGUACAAAAUCCAGCGAGAGUUAUAAAUAUUUUAUUACGAAA